AUGAGCGCACUCAUCCAGUUGCGUGAUUCAACGGGUGGAUUCAUACAAGCUCGCGCUUUACUUGACACCUGUGCAACAGCUAAUUUCAUUACUGAAAAUUUGUCUAGCAAAUUAAAAUUGCCAAUGCAAAACUGUUCUAUUCCGAUCGGGGCUGUUAAUGGAAUGCAAACCUUUUCAAAACAUGUCGUUCAAAUAAAGCUGAGUCCAAAUGAAAUCUUUCCACGUAAUAAAAUAGACAUACCUAAAAAGAUAAUACUUGCUGAUCCGGAAUUUCAUAUACCAAGACCCGUAGAUGUCCUUAUCGGUUCAGGUACCACACUUUCUCUUCUAUCUGUCGGACAGAUUAACUGCUCACAAAAUGAUUGUGAUUUAAUAUUACAAAAAACGCAACUAGGAUGGGUUGUAGCGGGAGGAGUCAUUGACGACAAAAAUAUACUUUCUGUAACUUGUCAACUAACUGAUCUGUCGAGUCAAUUAACAAAAUUCUGGACUAUUGAAGACAUAAGUUCUAGUGAUUCUCGAUCUAUUGAGGAUUCUACAUGUGAGACUUAUUAUCAAAACACUACUAUUCGCGAUACAGACGGUCGAUAUAUAGUAAAACUACCCUUUCGCGCAGACGAUGUCGAGUUCGGGAAUUCCAAACAAAAGGCUCUAAAUAGAUUUCUGUCUUUACAGAAGAGAUUAAAUUCAGACUCAUCAUUAAAAUCCGAAUACAAUAAAGUCAUGAAUGAAUACAUCAAUCUUGGCCACAUGGUACACGUACCGGAUGAUAGUGGACCAGGGUAUUACAUGCCCCAUCAUCCGAUAAUAAAACAUCCAGCACUACCACUAAGGUACGCGUUGUAUUUGAUGCUUCAGCUAAAACCGAUAAAGGUAUCUCCUUGA